AUGGGUGGGACGUGCAUCAGGUUGGACGACCAUCGCAUGCCCCGUCAACUGCUGUAUGGAGAGCUUGGGGCCGGCAAGAGAAAGAAAAACCGCCCGCUGAAGCGGUACAAGGACACUGUCAAGGUGAACUUUCCGUGGUGUGACAUCCACACAGCCUCCACCAGUUUCGAGGACGAACGGCUUCAAAGACUCAUGGCAGCCUGUGAACGACGCCACAGAGCAUCCUCGGCUGAAAUUACAACAAUGGAGGUCCAGUACCCCCACCGUCCCAGAGAAUCCAUAUAUUAUCACACAACACGCAGUCUUCUUCGGACACAAAGGACAACCACCAACUUUUAA